UUGAACCAUUUAACCCAAACGAACGGGUGACACGCGACCCAAAAGGCAAAAACGGAUCGGCCUCGGGUCGAUUUUUAAAACAUUGAAUGAUAGGAAUCGAAACGAGAUGGGCUUGUUUUGGGCCUGAUUUUCAAUUGCAUCAAGUGUGUUCUUGGGCUUAAGCUUGGCUUCUAGUAGUCAAAGGAAAAAUUCAAAGGGAUGUAUAAUGGGUUACCUCCUAUUGGCUAUUGGAGAGGGGACGGCCCUGAAGCCUGGUUGAACGAUCAUGUCGAUCGACUUCGACCGAGUCUUUCUGCCGGCGACGGUGCGUGUAGCCGUGUAGCUAUGCGGAUCGGAGAGUUGCAAGCCCAACCAUCAAGACAUUGUCGAACGAGGUUGUUCAUUUUGAAGCACGAGUUAUCAUACAAGGACACAUAGGCCCUCUGACCCGGUUCUUCUCCCACCUCCCUCAAUUUCAUAAUGUUAACAAGCUUAGCAUCCAGCUUCCUCCAUCGUCAUCAUCGUCUUCUUCUUGUUCUAAUGGAUGCAAACAAAACUCUUCCUCUUCUUCUUCUUUUUCUUCUUCUUCUUCCUCUGAUUGAUUCAAGCAGCACGUCUCAGCAAAUAGACUAUCAACUUAUUCCAUUUUUUAUAAAAUAUAAAGAUGGGCACGUAAAGAGGCUUAUAGGCAACGACAUCAUCGUGGCAGGAUUGGAUCCCCAAACCGGUGUUUCAACCAAGGAUGUAACCAUCAACACCAAAACCGAAGUAGGUGCCAGGAUCUAUCUCCCCAAAACCACCAACCAACCUGAUCAGAAACUCCCUCUUCUCGUAUACGUUCACGGUGGAGCCUUCAUCGUCGAGACUGCUUUUUCUCCGACCUACCACUUCUACCUCAAUUCCGUGGUAGCUCAAGCCAAUGUGGUUGCUGUGUCGGUAAACUACAGAAGAGCCCCCGAGAACCCUCUCCCGAUCGCCUACGACGACUCAUGGGAGGUCCUCAAGUGGGCCGUCUCCCACUCCACGGACCACCCGGCCGGCGGCCCCGAAGAGCCUUGGUUGAAGGAUCAUGUGGAUUUCGAGCGAGUUUUCUUGGCCGGGGACAGCGCGGGUGCCAACAUCGUCCAUAACCUGGCCAUGCGAGCCGGGGAAGAGGUCAACGAGUUGCCCGGCGGCGUGGAGAUUCUGGGUGCUGCUUUGAUCUGUCCUUACUUUUGGGGGGAAAAAAGGAUUGGGAAUGAGGCACAGACCCCAGAAAAUCUGAGGAUGCUAGCAGACAAGACGUGGCAGAUUGCGUGUCCGACGUCGAAGGGCCUCGAUGACCCACGCAUUAACCCGGAGGCGGAGGGUGCACCCAGCCUGUCGAAAUUAGGGUGCAGUCGGGUGCUGGUGGAGGUGGCAGGAAAAGACGUGCUGAAAGACAGAGGAGUGCUUUACUAUGAUACGCUGGUGAAGAGCGGGUGGAAAGGAAAGGCGGAGCUCAUGGAGUCCGACGGGGAGAAUCACGUUUUCUAUCUCAUGAAUCCCACUACUGAACAUGCCGUGGCCCUGAUGAAACGCUUCACAUCCUUCCUCAACGUCGACACUGAAGAUUAACCAUCCGACUCCUCUGUCUUCUGUCGUUGUUUUGUUUUACUA